GUUAGAGUGAAUAAUUCAAUCUUAUCUGAACCACCGAAUAGGAUACCUCAUCGGUGACUGAACUUAACUCAUUUCAACGAGAUUGUUGCAUAUUAUUGUGAUAUGAUCAAAGCUGCGCUUACACGUUUGAAACGAUGUCACGUAUAAGGAGACUUUCCAUACGAGGUAUUCGUAAUUUUGGUGACGACACCGACGAAGCUACAAUUCGAUUUUCUCGACCACUAACACUUAUUCUUGGUCCAAAUGGCACUGGAAAAACGACAAUUAUUGAGGCCCUUAAGUUUGCUACUUGCGGCGAAUUUCCACCCAACUCCGACAAGGGAAAAUUCUUUGUCCAUGAUCCCUCUCUAACAGGGAUGUCCUCGGUUCGAGGUGUUGUAAAAGCUGAGAUAGUUGGUACAGAGGGUAAUAUUUACAUUAUAUCCAGAACAAUAGAAUCUUCAAAAGCAAGUGGAAAACUUAAAUUCAAAACUCUUGAUAAUGCCUUAAGUAGAAUUGAUAAAGGUUCAAAGGAGAUGGUAUCAAUCACCAAUCGAUGCGGUAAUGUUGACACAGAGCUCACAUUAGCAAUGGGUAUUUCAAAACCAAUUUUGGAAUAUGUUAUAUUUUGUCACCAAGAGGAUCUCAAUUGGCCAUUUCAUGAUGGGAAAAAAUUGAAAGAAAAGUUUGAUGAAAUCUUUGAUAGUGCUAGAUUUAAUAAAGCCCUUGAGAGCCUUAUGAAGUACAUUAAAGAAUUACUCCAAAAGGUACAGUUAUUGAAAGAGCAAAAACGUACUUCUCUACAAGUUGUUUCUGAAGUAAUGGACAAAGAAAAGAAACUUGAAGAUCAUAAAAAGCGAUUGGAAACUUCUAAAGCAAAAAUAGAAGAAAUUGACAGAGAUCUAGAACCCAUAAGUCAGAAAAUUAGAAAUCUGGCAAAAAAAGAUAGUGAUUACAAAAAUUUAGAAGCUGAUGAAAAGAACAAAAGGACAGAAUAUGAAUUGUCUAAACAACAACUAACAAGAUUACAAGAUAGUAUAGAAGAAGUGUUUGAGGGAACAAUGAAAGAAUUAUUGGCACAGAUAGAAUCAUACGAUAAAAAAUUACAUGGGAAAACUCAUGAAAUAAGAAAGUCGGAAACAAGAUUGAAGGAUAUUGCUAAAGAAGAAUACAAGAUAUCAAAUUUAUUAGCUGAUGAAAGAGUUACCUGUGGUUCUUUGAAACAACAGAUUAAAGAUCAGGAAAGAAAAGUUAUUCUUCGCCAUAAAAUAUUAAAUGAGACGUUAUCUGCUUGGAAUCUUGACACUGUAGAUUCCAGUGGGUCUGAACUAGAAAUUUUAGCUGUUUUCAAAAGAUUACAAGAGAAACUGCAAGAGUUAGAGGUUAAUGUGGAAGACAAUAGAGUAAGAAGAGGAGGAGAGGAGAAGGAAUUGCAAAAAGAAGUAGAUGUUUUGCGCAGUGAAUAUUCAAGAAUACAAUCGGAAAAGAAUUUGAAAGAAAAUGAAGUAGUUGAGGCGAGGGAUGAAAUUAAUCAAAUAAAAUUGGAGAUCAUGCAGCUUGGCGCUACAGCAAAAAAGUUGAACUCUAUAGAAGCUAAAAUGGAUGUAGCAAAAAAUAAAAUUCAACAAUUGAGCGAAGUUAUGGAUGUAAAUGCCGCAAGGCAAGAAGUAAAUUCUAAGAUAGAAGCAAGAAAUGAAACAGAAGCACUUUUAAAGACUGUUGAUGAGGAAAUAACCUCAUUGUUAAAACAAAGUGCUCAUCAAACUGAAUUAGAGUUACAUAAAUCUUCAUUACUAACAAAAGAAACAGAAUUACAAAAGCUGAAAGAUAAACAUGAAGAAACAAUAAAAAACUUAUUGGAUAUUAAAGAAUUAACACAAGUGAAAUUAAAACAGAAGUUAGAUAGAGCUCAGAAAGAAUUGACGAAUCAAAUUGAAUCUAUUAAACGAGAAAUGCAAACAGAAGAACAUCAUGAAACAACAGUACAAACAACAAUGUUGCAUACCGAAGAGGAACUUCAGAAAAGAAAAAAAGAAAUAGAGAGCGAUCAGGCAAAGAUUUCAUUGAUUUGUAGUUACAAAAACUUUGAUGAAACUUUGUUAUUACAAUCUAGGAAAGUGAAAGACUUACAAGACAAAAGGGGAAUAUAUGCUCAUCAAGGAGUUGCUUACAAGGAGUACAUGAAACAACUGAAAGAAACAAAUCCUUGUUGUCCUUUAUGUCACAGAGGCUUUGACGAACGUCAAACUGUUGAGAACUUAUUAAAAGAAAUGCAAAAUGAAAUGGAAAAUCAUCCAAAUCGUUUAAAAGAAUGUGAAGCAGAAUUGAAAGUGCAGCAAGAAAAAUAUGAUAAGAUGUUACAAUUGAAACCAGUGGUUGAAAAAAUAAUACACUUACAAGAAAAUGAGUUGGACAAGUUACAGAAUAAUUUAGAAAAAUCUAAAGCCAAAUUAACAAAGUUACGAAUGUGCAUAACAGACCUGAAAGAAAAGAAAUCUGAUCCCGAAAAGAGAUUAACAGUGAUGCAAAAUAUCAUGGGUGAUGUUAUAUUAUGGGACAGAUACAUUGAUGAAAUUUCCAAACUUAAAGAAACCAUUGAUAGUUUUCAAACUCGCAUGCUUAACGCAGGUAUUAAAUCGGAACGUAGUCUUCAAGAAGCUCAACGUCAAAGAGAUGAGUUGAAUGUGUCUUCAAAAACUAUUCGUGAUGACAUUGAAAAUUUACAAUCCGCGAUAAAUGCGCACAAUGAAAAAACGCAUAACGCUCGGGAAGAGCUAAACGCAUUGCAUGAAGAACAAUUAAGAAUACGUUCAGGUGUGGAAAAAUUGAAACAGUUAAAGGAAAAACAGGAAACAUUAUUCUUGAAGGAGGUUUCGCUUGGGAAAUCAGUCGAUGCUUUGAAGCAAAAAGUGAUUGCAGCGGAGAGUAACUUAAAUUCAGGAAUUGAGAAGUUGGAAAAGAAGAAGAAAGAAAAUUGGGAGAAACAGGAAGUUGAUAGAAAAUUAUUGGCAGAAGGAAGCAGACGUUUAUCUGAAUUACAAAAAGUACAAGAUGAUGUCGAUACAUUUGUGUUCCGCAAUAUUCCUGAAGCUUUGGAGCAGUCUGAACUCAAAAUACAAAAAUAUCAAAGCUCGAGUAAUGAUCUUCAGAGUGAAAAAAGCGAUAUCGAAAUAACGAUAAAUAAAUUGAAAGAAGACAUUACUCGUCAGGAUCUCCGGAAAAGGAAUUUAUCUGAUAACAUUCUGUUACGCGAAGCUUCUGAAACCACUAAAAAUUUACAGCGACAGUGUACAAUUUUAAGAGACAAACUGGCCACUAUAAAUUAUACUCAAGUACGGGAAGAAUGGAGAAGCUUGCAAGAUCGAGAAGAAGCUCUGCUGCGGGAGAAAAACAUGACCAAGGGUAAUCAAGAAGAAUUAGAAAGGCAAGUUGAUCAAUAUACAAAAGAUUUGGACACGGAUAUAUAUAAACAAGCUCGAAAACAAUAUAAGACCAAGUGCAUUGAAUUAGUGGUAGUACAAGAAACCAUAUUAAAUUUAAAAGAAUAUAGUAAUGUAUUAGAUACUGCCAUGAUCAGAUAUCACGAGGAGCGUAUGUUAACAAUUAAUAAAAUUAUGAAAGAAAUGUGGAAGCUCGUAUACACUGGAACAGAUACAACGUCUAUAGAAAUUCGCACGAAUGCUACCGAAGGUGUGGGUACUGCAAAAAGAACAUUUAAUUAUAAACUGGUUCAACUAAAACAUGGUCGUGAAAUUGACAUGAAAGGUCGUUGUAGUGCUGGUCAAAAAGUUCUAGCAUCCAUAAUUAUAAGGCUAGCUUUAGCAGAAACUUUCUGUAAAGAUUGCGGAAUUCUGGCGUUAGAUGAACCAACAACAAAUUUAGAUCAAGAAAAUGCAUAUAGUUUGGCUAGUGCAUUGGCCAUGGUUGUCAGGUUGCGAUCACAGCAUCAGAAGAAUUUUCAACUAAUUGUAAUCAGCCACGAUGAGAAGUUUUUAUUCAGAUUGGCUGAAUUAAAUAACAAUAAAGGCUUUUAUGAACUUUAUCGGAAAAAUAAUGGAUACACCGCAGUCAGGCAUUGUCAAGUGGGAAGUCAAGAUCAAUUUGAUACAGUUGCUAUAAAAGAAGAUGUAUCAUCCGACGAAGAGACCAGUAUGCCGAAGUCACGGGAUAAGUCAGAGACCACUUCACAGGGAAAAUCGUAUAACGGUAAUUCACAUAAGAAAAGGAGAUAUAAUAUGGAGACUGACAGUGAUGAUCAUACUGAAACUAGACCGUCAAAGAAGAGAUUUAACUUUAAUUUGUAA